AUGAAGCCUCUCUUCUGUGCAUUCCUUCUUCUUUCCAUUUCUUCGCCAAGAUCUUGGACAGCAGAGGCACAUGGGUAUGCUACUCUAGUAGAAGGCCCAGCUUUACCCACACCAAUCGAGCCAGUCCCUCCCGAGGUGGUUGCACCCGAAACUGCUCCAGUGGCAGUUCCUGCCCCAGCUGUAGCACCUGCGGUAGCUCCGGCAGUAGCGCCAUCAGUUGUUGCUCCGGCCGCAGUCGCCGCUCCAGCUCCAGUUGCAGUUGCUGCUCCUGCUCCUGUUGUUGCUCCAGCUGCAGUUUCUGCUUCAGCUGAAGUUGCAGUCGCUGCUCCAGCUCCAGUUGCAGUUGCUGCUCCAGCUCCUGUUAUUGCUCCAGCCGCAGUUGCAGCUCCUGCUCCUAUUGUUGCUCCAGCCGCAGUUGCUGCUCCUGCUCCUGUUGUUGCUCCAGCCGCAGUUGCUGCUCCUGCUCCUGUUGUUGCUCCAGCCGCAGUUGCUGCUCCUGCUCCUGUUGUUGCUCCAGCCGCAGUUGCCGCUACAGCUCCACUUGUUGCCCCAGCUCCAAUAGUAGCACCAGCUCCAGUUGUAGCGGCACCGGCAGUUGUGGCUCCAGAGCCACUAGUAGCACCAGCAGCACCUGUAAUGACACACGUACCCGCCGUGGCACCUGCACCACUUUAUCCAUCAGUCCUUCCCUAUACGACGGUAAGAACUCUACUUGGUCACAUAAUAAUGCUGGAUACUGGCUUACAGUACUCUCAAAUCUAUAAUCCACGUACCGAAGUUCACAAUGCUGCCCGUUCCUACACUAGGGAAAGCGGACAUGCAUCGGACACAGCCAUGGUUUUCGGAGCUGGACACCACUUUCCAGGCAAUCUAGGUUUCCUGCCCGGCCCUGUGCUUGGCGAUGUUGUCUUCCCCGCACCGCUUAAAGCUCGUCUUCACCGUCAAAGAGCAGCAGCUAGGAAAACCGUACGAGCACUUAAGUCAUUCGAUAAGAAGAAGUUCUAA